GAGACCGAGCUGGCUCAUCGACUUUUGGCCGAAUAUCGACAAGCACUGCUCCAGCAGCACAGCUUGCACACAAACAGUGUGAGCACACCGAAUUUGACCGCGAGUCAGGAAUUGCAAAUGUUCUCGUCAAGCACAGCGGCCGAGGAAAUCGAAGAAGUCGAAGUGGAUCUGGGUCAAACUGAACGCCCGAAAAGCAAACGAACUAAACACUCCAAAUCCCACGGGCAACGUAAUCAGCAUGCGGACAGUCAUUCAAAAGAGUCUCAUUCUCGACCGGACUCAUCUGGCCAAACUGCUCGUCCUGAUCCGACCGAUUUGGAACAAAAUGCGUCGGAUCCACAGGCCCCACGCCGCCGUCGACGACGUCGUAAGGAGCCAAAUUCAAUUGAUUCGCCAGACUAUGUGAAUGCGGCCGCAUUCCGCGGUGAACGAUGCGGAGCUGGAGAGAGACCACUGAGUCUUGCUAGUUCGACCGAUAUGGAAUCAAACGGCACGUUCCGCGUGUUAUCAAGUUUGGACACACGAACCAGUAGUGUGGCCUGUGGUUCUUUCGGCAAUCUGACUGCUCCGGGCACCAGUUUUGGAUCCGGGGAUGGAAAUGGAUUCGAUCUGAUCCAAGGAAUUCAUAACUCGACUGGUAGUGCUACGCCAAACCCUCCCGCGGUCGGUGUUUCCGAUUUGCGUGCCCCGGACACCGGUCCGGAUUCCAGUCCUCGACAGUCUGUCAAUCUCUCUUGGGAUCAGUUGUCCCAACGUCGUCGUCGUUGUUUGACAAAUCGUAGUGCCAAUCGCGGCGACCUAGAUGGAUCCCAGGAUCCGGUCGGUACACCAAAUGCAUUGUUUGCACCCACGGGUUGGAUCAAGUCGGGUGAACCACCGCCAGAUUUGUGCCUCAGCUCUACCUAUCCGAAUCUGUGUGAGGAGCAACACACCACUCGGGAUCCGGGACACUUAAUGACCCGACAAGCGGGAACUGUGAGUGAUUUAUCACCCAGACAGCGAGAUUCUUCGUUUCGUCGACAUGUGGUCGGGGAGUAUGAAAAUCUGGAUUCAUUGUCUAAUGAUAAACUUAAUCGAUUACGUUCCACGAGACAGCCCGUACUGCCAGUUCGACAAUCGAAAGUCCAAUCGGAAACCACACAAAAAAUCCUCGGCACAUCGUCCGAAGCGAAUCAGAAUGGGUCUUUAUCUACAUUAGGCUAUUCUACAACCACCUCUAUGCCUGCCUCUCCUUCUUCGGAAUCAGUGUCGUCCAUGUCUUCCACUGUUUCUACAUCGUCCAAAUCAUCGUCUACCUCGUCCUCUUCAUCAGAACUGGGCUGUACUGCUGUGAUAUCUGAUCCGAUUAGAGAUCUAGAAGACCGAGGGGAUGUGCAUUGUGAAACUAUUGGGCAUUCACCAACUCCGUUUUCUAUGAGCAAAGAGGACAUGGAGACGGGCAACACAAGUACUACCGAUGGUACCGAUGUUGGCUCACAGAAUGUGAUUGGAAAUGUUGGUGCAAUAUGCGAGUUUGGUUGUGGCAGACAAAAAGCCUGUUCAGUCGAUCCGUGCACGCGUAGCACGAGACCGGCGUUAAAAUUUCGACAACAAACACCAGUUGGUUUUCGGUCCACGCAGAUGGCAACAAGUCGAUCGACCCAGAAUUGUCGUCGACCUACAGGACAGCUUCCAAAAUUAUGGCGUGGAACAAACAGCAUGCAUAACAAACGAUUGAAAUCAUGCUUAAAAUCUCUACCUUGGUCGGCGGAACAUAGUGCCGGUGUAUCAUGUCUGUCCUAUUCGGACGAAGAUGCCACCGAGGUACUGUGCUAUCUGUCUGACGACGAACGGCAUCGGGCGGACGAUGCAACAUCAGCUACUCUGUCUGCUGCAGAGAGUCCUUGUUUCUCAUCUGCAUCGUCCUAUUCCUUUUCCACUUCAUCUCUGGACGCCCAAACGGAAGAAUUGUGCCCCUAUUACCAUCAUCAUCAUCAUCACUGGUUUGCACCUAGCUGUACUCCAUUGUCAUGCAUGUUCCACGAACCAGAACGUGCACGACGUGGUGGCAGUUUGGAUCCAAGCACGUCCAUCCAACGACUUCCAAAUGUGAUAAGGAGCAAACGGGCCAGUCAACCGUCCUCUUAUCACAGCUCUCAUCGGAAAAGAAGUUCCGAGUUGCAUAGUCUACAGUCAAAUCAGUCCGUUUGCCCUUGUGUUCAUCAACAUCCAUGUGUAUGCUACACAUUCGAUGCCCACAGACACGUUCACGGUAUGAAACCAUCGGGAAAUACGGAAUUACAUCACAGUCUAGAAGAGGGUCGACAGAAUCGGCUCAAUCGACGCAUUAAAUCCCGUCAAUCAGCUCCGACAGAUUCAAUUCAACCGGGAAUUCCCGUCCGUCCACCAAAGCCUGGAGGGACGCUGACCGAGGCAAAUAUUGUGGCCGGGACUGGUAUGCGAACGACAAUCAAUGGGACUACGACAAACAUGACCAAUACCACUAACACUGCCCAGUGUGCCUCCACCGAGGUCUCAUUGCAGCUUUUACGACCGAAAGAUUUACAACUGGCUCCACGUGCGAAUAAUCAAACCAAUCGGGCCAGCUGCAGUUUGCAAUCGGUAGGUUGUUUUCAAAGGAGUGGCAGGGUUGAUUUUUCAAUCUGUUCUCCUCUGUCAUAA